GUCAAAGAUAAGAUUAACGCUCUAAAGGAUGUUUAUGUUAAAGUAUGAAUGAUCGUUCUAGGAAUUAAGGAUGUUAGUUUAAGAUUAAGAUAUUUAGUUAACGCGUCGAUACCACUUCCAAUUAGUAAGCUGUUAUCGACACGCGAGUCAUAAAUCUGUUAUGACUAAAUAGCGAUAAGAUAGAACUGACUAAGAAACGCUGACGAAUACAUUCCUCUCCCAGAUCAGAGAGCCCUUUGUUCUAAAAGAUAUAAAAGAGCCACGAGACCUAGGCUCUUUGUCAUUCAACGGAUCCGCUCCGCUCUGAAUCGUCCCGGCACGUUCGUUGUCGACAAAUUCCUGCGGCAACGAAUAUUCCGGACGUCACAUAGUCCGCGACUUAUACUACAACCCUCAGCGGUUCUUAACUCAGUGUUAAAUAUAAAGAUUAUUGUGAAGUAUAGAAAGGAGUAUUAAUAUAAUAAAUAUAUUAUUCUUUUAAUUUAAACCUAAAGUGUUUAUUCAAUUACGAAGCAUUACGUUCGCUCACCUUAACGGUUCGCGAGUCAUACAUAUUAAAUACGAUACACGUUAAUACGCGAGUGAUCCACGAGCACAGUUCCUGCUGAGACGACCAUCCACGGGUUCCCCAGGUAGAUCCAGACGUCACGCACUGGUUGACCUAAAAAGAUUGUGAUUAUUAGCUUACGGAACGGAGAAGCGCUGUUCCGCUGUCCAGUAGCGAGAGCCGGGCCGUAACAAAUUGGUGGCAGCGGUGGGAUUUCCACAAUCACCGUGAUCAGGUACCGUCUACAAAAGGACACUCAUCGAGACACUCGUAAGUAAAGGUUUUUGUAAAGAAUUAUCUGUUCGGAUCCAAGGAACGUUGUAAUUUACGACCGUGUUUACGUAAACCGUGUCAUCACCGAUCGGGUCGAAAAUAUUUUCACCGUCGAUUUACAAUCGUGUUUACGCGUCGAAAGAUAUUAUUCACCGUCGGUUUACAACCUUGUUUUCGCCAAGCGGUAGAUCAGGGCCUAGCUGACGCAUCAGCGGGUGAGUCAUACACCACCACGCUACGGUCAACGCUAGCCGCAUCCCUACUACGCGCUACCCCUUCUACGCGCUAUCCCUACUCCGCGUAGUCCCCACUCCGCGUCGAACGCCAGACGAGCCUAGACAGCGCUACGAGACUCGUCAGUCUACGAGCAACCGCCGGAGCGAGCAACACGCGAAAGAUACGCGCAAAGUAUCGAACGGAUAUUAAAGUAUCGAAAGUGUUAUUCAACAAGUGCUUAGAAUCAGUUAAAGUGCUAUUCAAAGAAAUUACAAGUACGGUAUUGCUUUCCUCAAAGUUCAUUAAUAAUUAUUCAAAUAAUAAAUUCAUUUUCAAUCACUUAGUGGGCCGUGUCAAUUACCCGGAGCGCUUAGACUCGCGCGCAGAAUCUGCGAGAGUUAAAAAAGCAGCCAAGAAGCGUACGCGUGGCUGUAGAGCUGGCCGCCGUGUCCAGGCACAAAAGCGCAAACGUGAGCGACAACUAGCGCAGAAUAUUGCUGAUUUGGCUACCGAAGGAAACACUGCAGCUACUUUAGCGCUAAUUUCCACCUCGGGACGCUGGACGCAAAGCCCUGCAGCUGUAAAAGCCACUGAACGCGAAUUUAAGACCGAGACAGCGCCGAUCGACAGUCUGCCAUCGCCGUGUUAUUCGCCAUCACCAGAGUUCGAAUUUAAAUACGAACCACCUUCAGUAGAGACAUUAAGUUUAUGUAUUAGUGAGAUAAAAGCGGAAAUAGCUUCGCCUCCUCCAGACAUAGAAUCUAUUGAUCUCGAAAAUUCGCGAAAAGUGUUUAACCACCGGGAAAUACCCGACGAAUUGUUAUUAAAAUACGCUCGCGAGAAAAUCGACGAUCCGUACGUCAUACCAACCAGCAUUUGGGAAUGGUGCGAAUUCAGAUUUAACUACCAAUAAAAAGUGAGUACAAAUUUAAAGGUUUAUAUUAUUAUUUGAUUAAACCCAUCAAAAUGCCUAACCGUGAAACACGUUCAACGCGACAAACAGACGCAGCUACGCGCGAAAACGAACUUCUCGCGUACGAACAGAGUCUAACGGAACGCGAACGUCACGUUAGGGAAACCGAGCGUCGCAUCGAAGCCGAACGACUCGAAGUAAUUAACGCGCAAAAAGAAAAAGAAAAUUUACGCGCAGAAUUAGAAAAAUUACGCCGCGAAAUGCAGGAAGCAACCGCGCAAAAUCCGGAACGUGUUCCGACGGCAACUACAAUGCCGCUGUCAGAUUCACCGCGACGCGAAUCCGCGGAAUCAUCUGACUUUACUCUCAAAGAAGCCGUCAAUACGAUACCGAUCUUUGACGGACAUAAUAUAUCAGUGUUACAAUUCUGUAGAGCGUGCCGACGCGCAAAAGAGAUCGUGCCGCCGCGAGUCGAACGUACACUCGCGCGUUUAAUUUUAACACGAUUACGAGGACGCGCCGCGCUCGCGAUUGAAGACGAGUUUUGCGAAACCGUCACCGCGGUUUGUAACCGUUUAAAAGAUAUUUUUCAACCUAGCCACACUAUAAAUCAUUUUCGCGGAGAAAUAGCGAACAUAUUUAUGAAGCCGAACGAGCAUAUACUCGAUUUCAUCGGCCGCGUCAAGGAUCUUCGCGAGGCAAUGCUAGACUGCAAUCGACAGUCACCGAAUAUCGCGGAAAUCGACGAUCUCACUGUCGACAGCUUUAUUAACGGUUUAAACCCGACUCUGCGAACAGAAGUACGCCCGUUUAGAAAUGCACCGUUAUUACACGUUUUCGACGAGGCUAUUCGCGCAUACAAGCAAUCGGAGCUUGAUCAAACGCGAUACGGAAAAACGACAGCAGAUACACGUCGCGUAAAAUUCGCGAACACGUACGAGACACGCGAUGCUCGUAGUCCGUCGCCGUAUCGUUCGUAUUCACCGCAAAAUACAUGGAGACGUUCUCCAACACGCGAUUACCGUCGGUAUGAAUCACCCGAGCCGGUACGCUACAAUGCAGAACCGCGAUAUAAUUCGUAUCGCGACGAAAAUAGAUACGCACCGCGUAGAGAUUCCUAUCGCGAGGGAAAUAGAUACCGCGAAACGGAAUACUGCGAGACGGAAAGACAGGCUCCACGGAGAAAUGAGCCUCGCGUUACGUCACCAUCUCGCUACGUGCCGCCGUUCAGGCGCGAGCAAAGUCCGCAGCCGACGCGCGCGUACGAGACAAGGGAUUCGCGAAAUAACGUAACCACGAAGAAAUCGUGUUCAUAUUGUCAGAGAAUAGGACACGACGUACACGAAUGUAAAAAACGAGCAUUCGUCGAAAACGACUACAAGCGAAACGAUAAAUACGCGAAUAAUAAUAAUUCAAAAGUUAAUAAAAUAUCUAAUUCGGGAAACGGUCAAAGCCUCGCGCCAGUACAGGAUCGGCUGCGAGAGGUAAACCUAAGCCCGAUCCACACAAUUUCCAACGCGACCGAAACGAAAAAUCUCUAAAAAUUUCCUCCGUAGGAAAAGUAGAUAGUUCGGUACCGCGUGUUUCGCUAGCCGCGCCAGAAUUAAAAACCGAAAGCGUUUUUAUGAUAGACUCCGGUGCAGAACCGAAUGUUAUUAAAACC